AUGAAGGUAAAAGGACAGAGAUCUUUUAUCAUUGGGUGCGGUUGUACCGCUUUCAUUAAGCCCAGAGGACUAAGAACUACAGAAGACAUGGGCCUCGAAGCGGGAACAAAGGCACUUCUUGAUGCUGGCCUCACAUACGAUGCUAUUGAGACUGCGUUCGUUGGAUUUUGCUACGGAGAUUCAACGAGCGGCCAGAGGGCACUGUACAAUCUUGGUAUGACGGGUAUCCCAAUAACCAAUGUGAACAAUAAUUGCUCUACCGGAAGUACGGCAUUAUAUCAGGCUAAUAACCUAGUAAAAUCUGGUCUGGUGGAUUGUGCUUUGGCUCUAGGAUUUGAACGCAUGUCACCUGGGAGUCUUGGCACAAAUUUCCCAGAUAGGCCCUCGCCUAUAGCGCUUUUUAAUGAGAGGACAAAAGAACUCGAGGCCUCAAUGACUGCUGGAUCCAACUUUGGACCAGGAGCUCCGAGGAUGUUCGCGAACGCUGGGCAAGAGUACUUUGAAAAGUACGGGGGAAGUAUAGAGCAUCUCGCCUCGAUAGCAUCAAAGAAUCACAAACACUCCGUGAAUAACCCUUACUCUCAAUUCCGAAAUGGGUGGACCAAGGAACAAGUUCUCCAGGCUCCCAAAAUAAACAAUCAGCUCACGAAGUUUAUGUGUAGCCCGACCUCUGAUGGAGCAGCUUGUUGCAUUGUAGCAUCUGAAGAUUUCGUACAUGCUCACGGGCUCGAAAACCAAGCAAUCGAGAUUGUAGCUCAAGCAUUGGAAACCGACCAGCCAUUAGCAUUUGACGGGCGCAGCGCCAUGGAAGUGGUUGGAUAUGGGAUGACGAAGAGGUGUGCAGACAAGGUUUUUGAACAGGCUGGUUUCCGUGAAGGCGAGGGGAGAGACCAGGUAGGCGUAAUCGAACUCCACGACUGUUUUGCUUCAAACGAGCUCAUUACAUAUGCCGCUUUGGGAAUUUGUAUGCCCGAUGAAGCCCAUAAGCUAGUAGAAAGGGGUGAUAACACGUAUGGCGGGAAGUAUGUGGUGAAUCCGAGCGGCGGUCUUGAAGCCAAGGGCCACCCCCUCGGCGCAACUGGGUUAGGCAUGCAUUUCUAUAUCACUAUGCAGCUACGGGAUUGGGCUGGUCCGAUGCAGGCGCCAGCAUUAUUCGAAGGCGCAGAUAAACGUGGAAAGUAUGGUCUGAUCCAUAACAUUGGCAUCGGAGGAGCUGCGGUCAUUAGUCUUCUUCGCCGCCCCGAGUUCUAUAAGCCUGGCGGUGAAGAUGGGCGAAUCAGACUGGGAUAUAAUCACGCAUAUGAAUGUCGAUCAGUCACUCACGCUGACGUCUACAAGGUGAAAUCCAAAAAGUCGUCAGCUUACGUACUCGAACACGCUAAGCUGUAGAGUCUACAUGGAAUGAUGAGCUGGAUACUUAUUGGAAGCAAUAUUUUCUGACGAUCGUGGACGUAUUUUAUGCUGUCAUU